UUAUUAUUUACAAAUCUUGUUAUUCCAUUUAGAUUCUGGAAAUACACUGACAGAAAGUUCAGGCUACAGCUAUGGUCAACUUAUAGAUUUAGUGGAAUCUGCAAACAUCGAUUUUGAAGCUGAAGUUGAUGAUGUUGGAAAUGAAUGGUCAGAUACCCAAAGUAUUGCCGAUUCUGAAUAUUCAGCAUUGUCCGAUGCAAGUUCUAAUGAUGACACUGCAUCAUCAGGCUCAACUAGAAGUAGAAAGAUUAAAAUAAGAAGAAAAACAAAGACAUUACGAAGAAAGAAAGGAAUCUUGACAGAUCAGAGUAGUUCAUCACAGAGUUCUGGUACUCUGCCAUUACCAAGUUUCGCAGUAAGCCCGUCUUCAAAGUUUAACAUGAUUCAAAAAUGGAGAAACGAUAGUCGUCAAGCUUUAAGAGGUCACCAGUAUCUAAAGGGUCACAAUAAAAGUGGAAAAGACUUCAUAAUGAAUGAAGAAAUGAGAUUUUCAGAGGAAGAAAAUCGGAGUGAAAAUAUGUCUGAUAUAUCAUCAAUGACCAGCUGUACAACUAUGUCAAUGGCUGGUUUGUCUGCAGAUGAAUUUAGUGGAUCAGAAUAUGAUGUUUCUGAUUCUGGUAGUGAUUGGUGUAGUUCAGCCUCUGAUUUGGAGAAAGAAGAAGACAACAUUGAGGAAAAGUCUCCAGAAGAACCAACAUAUUUUCAAAGAAGCCUAAGUUAUCAUUCAGGACAGUUCAGAGCAAGAAAUAUUCUGGAAAAAGAAUAUUUUCAGAAAGGUUUGGAUUUGAGUGAGGAAUGUAUUGAAUCUGUUGGAUCUCAUUAUUUCAAAGGAAAGAUGAUAAUGUACCGUGACAUUCGUAAUAAAAAUUUUGAUGAUCAAUGUCGAAAGUUACCAAAGAUAUAUAAAAAAUGCACUAUCAGUAUUGAAUCAGCUCAUCAAGCUGUUUGUACACCAGUUGAACCAACGGAUGAAAUACAGGAAAUUCAAAUCAUUGGACGAUCAAAAUGUGGUCAAACCUUUACGGAUGAUACAGUAAUAGUUCAGAUUCACUCAAAACAAAUUGGCGGGAAGGUUCAUGGAGAAGUAGUUUCCUUUCUUCAACGACAUCGUUACAAAGAUAUUGACCAUCCUGUGUUUGUAUGUCUUUUAGAUCUUAGGGAAGGACAUUUGAUGAAACCACUCUGUCGUACUCUUCCAAAAUUACAUAUUUUACACUCCAAAGUUAACAGAAAAUUUAAGCAUAUUCGUAAAUCUAGAGUUGAGAUUUAUAACUAUGAUGCCACCAAAGGAACCGUUAGCUUUUUGCGCUAUCAUGAUGUUCAAGAAGGAGAGAGAGAAGAAUGGUUGUUUAUUGUUGCCUUUAUAAAAUGGAAACCCAAUAAAAUAUAUCCCUUGGCAGCAGUUAUUGAUGUCAUUCAUUGCUCACAAAAUCCUUAUGAUGGAAUAAGAAUAAUGUCCAAAGAACACCAAGUGCCUUAUUUCUAUGAAAAAUCCACUGUUGAAGGCAUUAAGGCAGCAUUCAAAGAAGCUAAGGCCUUCAGUACUAAUGAUUACCUAGACAGAACUAGCAAUCUUAGGAUCUUUACCAUAGAUCCACCAGGUUCAAAAGACUUAGAUGAUGCCCUCUCUGUUGAAAGGCAGGAAGAUGGUUCUUAUAAGGUAGGGGUACACAUAACUGAUGUGUCAACUAUUGUCAAGAAAAAUGAUCCAGUGGAUAGAGAAGCACAGGUUAGAUGUGUCACAUUUUACCCAGGUAAAGGAUUCCGUCCAUUUGCUAUGCUGCCUGAACCUUUGAGUGAAAGUAUCUGCAGUUUGCUACCAAAUCAGAAAAAGCCUGUUAUAUCAGUAUAUUUUAAAUUUGAUGAGAAAGGGAAUCUUGCAAAAUCAAUGCCAAUCAUUCAGAAAUCUAUCAUUAAAUCUUGUAAACAGUUUACAUACCAAGAAGUUCAAAAUAUUUUAGAUGACAAAUUAGAAGAACAACCAAUUGAAUUGGCUCAGGAUGUAAAAAUGUUGUAUAAACUUUCCCAGUGUUUGAAAGAAGACAGAUUAGGGCAUGCUUCAUUUUCAUGGCCAGUAGAAAUAGAUGUUUCAGAGGAUGAAAAUCCCAUGGAUACAUAUCAGGCACAUUCCUUAGUUGAAGAAUUUAUGAUACUGACAAACCAUAGUAUUGCCCAACUUUUGAGAAAACAAUAUCCAGGAAGUGUUCCCCUUCUCUGUCAACAGACACCUGCUGAUGAAGUGUUUGACAACUGGUACAAUGUAAAUCAACAUUACAUACAUCACAUUCUUGGUCUUCAAUCAAGACACACACCAAGAGGCACGAUUUCUGUCUUUCAUUCUCCACCAGAAGGGAGAACUAGGAAACUUACACCGGUCCAGACUUGGGUUUUGGAGGAGAUCAAAGAUUUGGUGCCAGAAACUGUACAAAAUAUAUCCAGAAUCAAGCAACUUAUCCAGUCUGAUUUUCUGCAUCCUAAACAAGCUUUGGCAUACCAUGAGUGGAACUUGUUUCAAGAAUCAUCAAAGUAUGUCUGUUCUACAGAGAUAUUGGCAAAUCAAGAAAAAGGCAUCCAUUUCUCCCUGGGAAAAAAAUCUUAUGUCCAUUUUACUUCUCCACUUCGUAGAUACAGUGAUCUCAUUGUACAUAGACUUGUCUCUGCAAUGCUGAUGAAGGCAGUAUCUCCUUAUGACCCUCAAGAAAUAUCAGAUUUAUGUUUGACCAUAAAUGAUGCUACAAAGAGGGCAAACCAGUUUAAGAAAGGUUGUAAGCAGUUCAUUUUUGGUAGAUUUUUCAAGAGAAAUCCUGUUUUAUUCAAUGGUUUUGUGAAAGAAAUAUCAGAUAACGGAAUCAAAAUUGUCAUACCAGGUUUACAAAAACUCCCAAUCUCCAGGAAAGAAAUCCAGUUCAAACUGUUAGAUGUCGCUUGCAAACCAGAGGAAAAAGAUGAUGUUGAAAUGCAAAGUAUGACAGAAUAUGAGAAAGACAGGAAAAUGGUUGUAGUGAAAUGGGAGAAAAGAUUGUACAAUUACACACAUAGAGCAUGCAGAAAACCUAAAACAAGUCGAUUUGAGUCUGAAAAGAAGUAUUUCUCGCCUUAUCUAAGAAUUUUUCCACACCAAAAUACAACUUUUGUAAGGUACAAGGAGCAUUGGAGUACUAUUUUGAAGUUGAUUUUGGAAGAAAAGAUUGAUGAUUUAAAAGAUAUGCUCUACAAGUUUAAAGACCAUGAACAAACAAUAAAUAAUAUUUUACUUGAUAAAGAUACUGUCAGUUCAUUCAAACGAAGUGUGGCUGAUGCUAGCUCAGAAGUUAAACAGGGAAUCAUUGUGGAGCAUAGAUGCCGAUUUCAAGUACCAUACCAUCAUGGACAAAUCAUCCAACUUCAAAUGUCAGCAAGUCUGAAUCGUGGGUUUUUGACACCUUCUCCUCAGGUUCUUGACGUAACAGAAAAUAUUAAGUUCUGCAUUGACCAUUUUGAUAACCCAAUAAAAACAUUGCUACGAUAUGCGAAGUUGCAUACAAAGCCAACAUAUUCCAGGCUGGAGGAUUAUGUCAAAACUUGGAUACCUAUUGUAGAAAUGGAAGCAACCCUCAAUGCAGUGCACAAUGAAGAUACAGCAGUUAUAAAUGACAUCCCAGUAGAAUUUAGGGGACGAAGGGGGAGAUUUGUCUUAACAAAGGGAUUCUGUGAUAUCAGAGAUAUCGAUAUUUCUAGUGGAGAUAUAGAAAAACUAUCAUCUGGGAUUGAUGAUGGGACAGAGAAUAUUAUAGAAGAAUCUGCAGAGCAGAGAAUUAACCCUGAGGAAGAGGAUACCCCAAUGAGUACAGCAAAUGAAACAGAUACCGAAGAAGAAAUGUCAAAUGUAGGUCAGAGGGAAAAUUUGUCUUUUGAUACAAAUCCAGAAGAAAGUAAGACUCGUACAGCAUCUGGAUUGGAGGUUGUUGACCCAGAAAGAGAAAAUAAAGAAACUGAAAACAGGUCACAAGAUGGCAGCUCACAGAAGAAGAAACCAAAGUACACAAAUAUUUUGAGUCCUCACUUUUUAUGCAUUAAAUUGAAAAGGCCUCUACCAGAAAAUGUCAAGGCAAAAAUAGGUAAUUGCCUGCCAAGACAAAGCCAGUACAUUUGGGUAGCUCAUGGUGAACUGUUGAAAUCCAGGAAAAUAAGGACCAAGAAAUUCAGCAAAAGAAGAGAGUGUUUUAAAAAGGUUCUAGAAAUUGAUCUUGUUUUCAAGUUGCAUGAAUGCAGUUCCUUACCACCUGUGACAGAAGUAACAUCUGAUGAUAAAUGUUCCAUAGAACUCAUUUUAAAGCCUAAAGUCUUCAGGAGAAUAGAAUGUUACAUCAAACUAUUAGGACAGGGACAGGCUAGUGAACUCGCUGAGAAUAUUGCAUUAGGACAUACUAUCAGUGCCUCAGAUCAGGAUCAUCUUAGACUUUGUAGAACCAUAAGUUAUGAAGUUGAUAUACUAGGUUUUCCUGCCAACAACACACAGCAGCAUACAGCUAUCAAAAAAGCUCUGAAUUCUAGGUUCAGUUUAAUUCAGGGACCUCCAGGAACAGGGAAGACUUUCACAGGAGUCAAACUUGUGUAUUUAUUUAAUAAGUUGAACAAGCUAGCACAGGAGAGAGAUGGAAAAAGAAGACGAGUGAUUUUCUGUGGACCAUCAAAUAAAUCUGUUGAUCUAGUAGCAAGAUGGGUAGUGAAUAAACUUGGAGACAAGGCUCCAAAAAUAGUCAGAAUGUACGCUAGCGCUUAUGAAUACCUGGACUUUCCUGUACCUGGCCGUGCUAUUAUUUCCAGUAGGUCUAUGAGGUCUGCGCAAUCAGAUCAAUUAUUAAAUGAGAAGGGUGUAGUGCUUCAUCAUAUCAUUCGAUCAGACGGAAAGCCUCAUGCAGCAAAAAUCCAAGAGUUUGAUGCUAAGUUUCAUGCCGACAACAUUAUAAUAAAAGAAAAUGAGAAAGUGCCUCAUGAGCUAAGAAAACCAGUCAACACAAAAUUGCAGGACAUUUAUGAAUACAAACAUUUGCUUCACAAUGCUACUGUAGAGGAGUUAGAUAAUUAUGAUGUCAUAUUUUGUACCACCUCCCUGGCAGGUAAUCCACGGUUGUUGACUGCUACAAAAGAUCAAGUGGCUCAAGUCAUCAUUGAUGAAUGUGGCAUGUGUUCUGAGCCAGAGAGUAUGGUUCCAAUCAUUGCCACACAUGCCACUCAGGUUGUCCUUAUUGGUGAUCACAAACAGUUACGUCCAAUUAUUAUUAGCAGAGAGGCAUCCGAGCUAGGUUUAGAGAAAUCUUUGUUUGAGAGAUAUUCCACUGACCGUUCUCUGAUGACAAUGUUGGAACAACAGUAUAGGAUGAAUACAAGUAUUUGUGAGUUCCCAUCUAGAAUGUUUUAUGGUGGUAAAUUAAAAACAGCUCAUGAGGGUAUUGGCAAAGCAGUUAAACCACUAAAGAUGUGGCGGAAAUCCAACAGCAUCCCAAGAGUGUUUUGUCAUGUUGAAGGAGAGGAAGAAACAUUGACUGUAAAGACAAAGGAAGGGAAUGAACAAUCCAGGAGCAAUAACAGAGAAAUAGAACAAGUGUUAAAAGUAUUUCGACACAUGGUCACAGCUGAAGGUGUGGAUCCAGAAACUAUUAAUGUUAUGUCUCAGUACAAUGCCCAAUGUACAGCACUCAGAGAAGAAAUAACAAAAAAAGGCUUUGACAAGUUCAAUGUCACAACAGUUGUCUCCAGUCAAGGUGGUGAAUGGGACUAUGUGAUCUUUAGUCUGGUUAGAUCAUUACCUAAGUACUUGAUAGAGAAGAAUCCUACAGAGGGAUGGUGUAUACAGAACCUUGGAUUUAUUACAGACAGACAUCAGAUUAAUGUAGCUCUAACAAGAGCUAAGAAGGGACUCGUAAUUAUAGGGAACAAGAACUUACUGAUUUGUGAUGAAGUAUGGAAGAAAUUGAUAGAGGACUAUGAAGAGAAGGGUUGUAUCUUUGAUGCUCGUCAGUUUCCAUGACAAACAUGCUACUAAGGACAUUAUCUUUAUUAAAGUUUACUAAACAAAUAACAUUUUGGCAGCAGAAAUGAAUUGUACUAUAUAUAUUUUAUGUAUGUUCUUGUGCAAACUUCUGAAAUAUGUUUAAACGGUUGUAAAAGUAAAUAUUUUUUACUUGAAUUAAUUAAGAAUUGUAAAUAGACUUAUUAGAACACACAAAAUAUUUCAAAUUUAAAUUGAACACCUCUCAAUAAGGCAAACUAAAUCUAACACGUGUCUAUAGGUCAAACAAAGUUGAACACCUGUCUUCUUAGGUCAAACAACAUAAAACACCUGUCUAUAUUCACACUUUAUUCAACAUAUGUCUAUAGAUCAAACUAAAUUAAACACCUGUCUAUAGGUCAAACUAAAUUAAACACCUGUCUAUAGGUCAAAUUAAAAGUGAUUCAAGGUUAAUAUGUGAAAGCAGAUCUUUUCUGAAGGAUUUGGAUAUAGAAAAAUAUAUAAGAAAUUUAUAAUAAUAACAACAACAAUACUUUUAUUUUAUGAGGGUUCCACAGUUAGCUAUAUAACUAAUCUUCCCUGAGGCCCUCAUUAUAGAAACGCAUAAACAAAACCCCAAAAAAUCAUUCAAAAACAAAAUGCAAACAUAUACAUGGCAUACAAAAUUUUAUGAAAAAAUAAACAUGAUGAAAUAAUUAAUAUUUAACAUUUUUUCAAUUGGUUGAUUUCAAUAAAUGAUCUGUUAUUUUGUAUUGAAAGAAUUAACAUUUGUAAAAUUUCGUAAAGAUAGAGGCAAAUUGUUUCACAAGUAUGGUCCGGAAUACAUAAAUGAUUUCUUGAACAAUUCGAUUUUUGGUUUAGGGAGUAUGAGGUUUCCUUCAACAGCAUUUCUCAAGGGGUAUGGAUUUCUUUCUGAAACAUAAUAAAACUUGCUAGUAAGAUAUGAUGGGGAAUCAUUUUUUAUGCACUUAUUGCGAACCAAAUGAAACUUUUCCACAGAGUCAUCUAUUGGUCAAACUAUUUAAACUUUUGUCAGUUCUAUUGUCCCAUUGAAUAAAUACAAUAAUCUCUCAUUGAUUAAUUUACCUGAGUAUAAAAAUUAUCUUCUAAAUAGAUGAAAAUACAUUUUUCAACUCAAAAAAAUGCAUGUGAUGUUGUAUUUAUUCAAUACCAAUAAUAUUUUUUCAAUCUGUUGUAAUUUUAAGAUCCUGUUUAACCCUUCACUAUAAGUACACCCCACUUUACAACAAUAAUCGAUUAGUGUUAAAAUAAAACCAUUAUAACAUAAUUUUUCUACAGUCUAGAUUUAGAAAUUUCUUAAUCUAUAAUCAACAAUCUCUUUUCAAUUAUGACGUUUUAUAGGUUGAAUAUGUUAGUUACUGAAGUCUGUGGUCUGAAUUAUAUUUUCAAGUACAAAAGAUGUUAUUAGCACUAUUUUGUGUUUUGAAAAACAUAAAUUAAACACCUGUCUAUAGAUUUAUCCACAGUUAGUUUGUGAAGUCAUGAUUUUUCUAAAGGUUCUGAUAAUAGAAAAAGAAAGAAAUUUGUAAUAGGUUGUACAUGUUAUAGUUAGUAAACUCUCUGGUUUUAACAAUAUAAAGGUACGAAAGACGUCUUUUUGGUGUUGUUUUGAGUAUUGAAAUAUGUGCCAUAUUUUAAGUAAAACAAUGUGCCGUUAAUGUCAACACCUUUAUCUUAAAGUUACUUAAAAAGCUAAAUCUUGCUUUUUCAUAAGAUGUGUUUAUUAGUUUUUUUGUGUUGAAUAGCUUUUCAUAUUUUCUUGUGUUGAAUAGCUUUUCUUCAUUUUUAUGUUGAAUAGCUAGUCAUAUUUUUUUGUGUUGAAUAGCUUGUCAUAUUUUUUUACGUUGAAUAGCUUGUCAUGUUUUUUUGUGUUGAAUAGCUUGUUCAAUUUUUUUAUGAUGAAAAGCUUGUCAUGUUUUUUUUUGUGUUGAAUAGCUUGUCAUAUGUUAAGUUAAACAUUGUGCCUUAAUGUCCACAUUCCAUUUAACAGAUAUAUAAAGAGCUAAUUUUUGUCACAUUUCAGACUAUAUAUAUAUUUUUGUUUUCCUAUAUUUUGAAUAAUGUGCCAUAUUUAUAGCUUAGUGUUGUGCCAUCCGUAAUUCACAAUCAAUGAACACAUUUUUAUUUAAUGCUCAUGUUUUUAUUUAUAUAUUUAUUUUAUUAUUUAUUAACUUAUCUAUUAUUUAUUGAAUUAUUUAUUUCCAGAUACAGCAUUAGUUUAAAAAUAUUCUGGUCAAGCAAAGCACAACAGAAAUGACAUUUUUCUUUAAUUUUUACUUAUUCACAAAUUAGACAGUAAAUGCUUAUGGUUGAGAUAAUUGGAAAAUUAGAAGAUGUGUCUAGAAUUUUAACCAAAAUGAGGACAUAAUCAAACUUCUGUAAGAAGAAAAGAGCAAAAUAUAACCCUAACUUUUAAAAUUCAAAUUCAAAUUGUAAAUUAUUAGUAGUAAACACACUUAAAGGCAACUAAUUUUAAGGUUUCAAAAAUUGAAUGACUUUUUAGAUGAGAUCAGAAUGUUGAAGUAAAAGUAUUUAAUGUAUAAUGUUAAUUAACAUUUAUCUCAAAUUGUUCAAGUACUUGUAGAAGAAUUGGCAACCAAAAUUAGGUUGUGGUGAUAUGAUUAAUAAUAUUUUCUUCAGGCAAACACUAUUCUUAAGUAUAGCUGAUUAAAGUUUAGAAGUUGCAUGUACUUUACUGUGUACCAUUUGCUAGUAUACUUUAAUCGUUUAUUGUUUUGUACA